CAGGGGCGGACUGACAACUCAUGGGGCCCCCGGGCAAUAGGGGAUCAUGGGGCCCGUGUCCUUGCCCAAACUCAAAGCCUAUGAAAAAGGUACCGGGGCAUCUCAUGGGGUCCCCUACUGACCCCGGGCCCUCGGGCAGUGCCCGAGUUUCCAAAUGGUCAGUCCGCCCCUGGUCCUGCCUACUGAGUAAUUUCUCCAACGCGCAGUAUAAUAGUACUUUGAAUUUUAUUUGUUGGUAGGGGGCCCCAUGAGAUGCCCCUGCUACCUUUUUCAUAGGCUUUUUUGAGUUUGGGCAAGGACACGGGCCCCAUGAUACCCUAUUGCCCGGGGGCCCCAU